GCUGCAUCAACCAUUGAUAAGGCGGAGAAGGUGCAGGUAUGCAAGGGGAGGAAGAGGCUUAUGAAACAAUUAGUGGGGUUUAGAGAAGAAUUUGCAGAUGCACAAUCUGAGUAUUUGAGAGCUUUGAAGAAUACUGGUGUCACUCUCAGACAAUUCACAGAAUCAGAUUCUUUAGAGCUUGAAAAUACAACUUAUGAGCAGGCAUUACCUCUGUCACCACCUCCUCCACUGCCUCCUUCACCCCCACCACCUCCUCCUUUCAGUCCCGAUUCGAGAAAGCCCAAAGAUGAGACACAAAAAGAAAUUGCUGAGGAAGAAAGUAUGGAGAUUGACAGAAUAGGUGGUUGUACCCCACCGCCUCCUUCAGUUCCAAGUUCCUCAUGGAACUAUUGGGAUCCUUUUGAAUCCUUGUUGCCUCAUCCUAACCCACAGAAGAGUGAAACAGUGGAACAAAUUGAGGAAGAAGAUUGGGCAGAGACACAGACAGAAUUCGAGGGUGAAGAGCAGGAGCCAGAAGUUGCUGGCGUUGUUGCUGUUGAUUCACCGUCUGAGAAGAAGCUGCCUACUGAAUUUGUCGAUGACAACUCAUCAAUGAUGAGCUGGCAUACAAAAAGUACCGCAGAAGUUCCCACGAUAGGGUGGAGAAGCAAAAAGACCCUAGAGGGUAUCGUUAAGGAAUUAGACGAGUAUUUCCUAAAAGCAUCAGCUGGUGAAAAAGAGAUUGCCAUUUUGAUGGAUAUCAAUGGAGGGGACACUGCCCUUCCGCAGAAUCAGAAAGAAAACAAAAGGAAGAGGAGCAAUUCUGCCAGGGUCUUUAGUGCCUUGUCCUGGAGCUGGUCUUCAAAGUCACUUCAGCUUGCAAGAGAUGGUGCUGAGUGCAGCUUUUCUGAACCAUGCAGGCCCGGAGCUCAUUCCAUCACACUCGGAAAACUAUAUGCGUUAGAGCAUAAACUUUACAAGGAAGUAAAGGAGGAAGAACUUACUAAGCUAGAGCAUGAACGGAAAUCCACAUUGCUGCAGAAGCAAGAAGAUGAAAACCAUGAUUCGACCAAGAGAGAUAAAACUCGGUUAAGUGUUGAAAGUUUGGAGUCUGACAUAACAUGUCUGCGGGAUUCAAUAAGUAUGACAAGUUCAUCCAUAUUGAAGCUCAUUGACGAGGAGCUGCAUCCUCAGCUGGUUGCAUUAACUUCUGGUCUGAUGCAUGUGUGGAGAACUAUGUCCGAGUGCCACAAUGCUCAGUAUGAGAUAUCCCAACAGUUGAAUCAUCUCAUGGAUUGUCAGAACAUAGACCUGACCACUGAAUACCAUCGUCAGGCUGCAGAACAGCUUGAAGCUGAGGUCAUUCGCUGGUACAACAGCUUCUGCAAACUUGUAAAAUCUCAACAAGACUAUGUAGGAAACAUCUGCAAGUGGAUCCAGCUGACUGACUUCCUCGUGGUUGAUCAUCAACGGAGUGAUUGCUUAUCUGCUAUGAGUAAGCUUUGUGAAGAAUGGCAGGUGAUCUUUCAAAGGCUACCUGAUAAGGUAGCGGCAGAGGCUAUUAAGAGCUUUUUAUCAGCCAUUCAGUCAAUAAUUGAGCAGGAAGCGGAAGAACAGAAGCUGCAUAAAAAAUCUGAUAAGCUUGAGAAAAGGUUGCAAAAGGAAUUAAUGUCGGUAAGUGAGAUGGAACGGAAACUGGAAGGCGGGUCAGGUGCUGAAAAUACAAAGUCUAAUUUGAGUCCUAAUGAUUCCUUGUCACUAAAAUGGGCAAAAAUUGAAGCCUUAAAGAAACAAGUGGAGGUUGAGAAGGCUAAAUAUUUGAAGGCAGUUGAGAUUGGGAAGACAAUGAGUCUGAACAACCUGAAAACAAGCCUCCCGAACGUGUUCCGGGCAUUAAUGGGGUUCGCAAGUUCUUAUGCUCAGGCUUUUGAGGCCAUUCAUGCCCCACAACAAUCUGAUAUUUGCAAUGCAUCUCAGCCUCAGGACUGAGAUUCAAACCGAAUAUGCAUAGAUCAUCAGCCUUCUUUUAUUCUCACUCAAUAUUUAGUAGGUCUAUCUGCUGUUUACAGCAUCUGAGAUUUACUGCCACGAAGUUCCGAUUAUAUUAGCAUUUAUGAAACGAAAAUGUUAUAUUUAUGUUUUUUUCGUUGAAAGAUGCAGGAUCUUUGAAUUUUUGUUCUAGACUAAAUCUUCUCUCGGAAGAUUUUAGGUGCACAACAUAAAUAAUUUACGAGUCUGUUUUCGUUGAUGUACUGAUCUUGUGCUGACGGAUUUUAAUACGACUUAGACUGAAUUUUUAUAACC